AUGCGCAACUGUUUUGCCCCAGUCAAUCAAGCAGAGAUUGAGGCCCUCUACAAGCGGUUCCGCGCGUUAGACCGGGGACACAAAGGCUACAUUUCCCCGGAAGAGUUCCUCAGCAUCCCAGAGCUCAGCAUUAACCCCGUCGCGCAACGAUUGGUCCGCUACUGCGAAUGCCCCAACUUCACGACCUUCGUUGAAAUGGUGGCGCCGUUCAGUCCACGUGCCUCCCGCGAGGACAAGCUCGCCUUCAUGUUCGCAGUGUAUGACGUAGAUGGCGAUGGCUUCAUUUCCCGCGAGGACAUGAGCAUGAUGUUGAAGCAGCUGGCAGGGAGCACUCUUAGUGAGGAGGACCGACAAGAUAUUAUCGGGCGGGUGCUAGUGCUGGCGGGCGGCGCUGAUCGACUUGACUAUGCGGCCUUCCAGACAGCUCUGAGCGGUGCGGAUCUGGCUAAAAUGGUGGUGGAGGUGCCCGUGGACUUGUAG